UUCUUUAACUUAACCCAGGUACAAAUCUGUGAAGUGGCUGCAGUUUUAAUCUACUCUUCUGCUAAAGCUCCUCUCCCACGGAUAGACAAACUCCAGAGAAAAGCCCUUACACCUUAUGUUGAACUAGUCAUUCCAGAAUUCUGUCAGAAUGUUAGGGGUGCCCAAAAUAAACAGAAAAUUGCAGAUUUUUCUGACUCCUUAAUUUUACUAGUUGUGUUUGAGAAAACAGCUUUCCCAUCUCUAUUUUCCUUACUGUUAAAACUGUGAUUUGAAACAAAUGGGAUACAUUUCAUGCAGAAUGGAAUUCCUCCUUCCUCUUCUGCUGUACAUGCUAGCAUGGCAAAGUAAAAUGACUAAAAAAGCCUCCACAGGCUGAUAUCUUAUUCUUGCAAUAGCAAAACUGGGGCUUGUUUUUCAAAUAUGUAUUGUGCAUUGAUUGUUAGAUGAAAGAACGUAAAACACCUUUACAAAAUCAAUGUGCAUCAGUGUGGAGUUAUUUUCUCAUUCUAUGCAGUAACAGUUGUAAAUGCCAUUCUAUGCAGUUAAACCAUCUUUGUCUUGCUUAGCAUUAACAUUACAGUUAAUCACCAAUUCCCCUAAGACAGCUAUUCCUCCUAAAGAAUUACAAGAAAAAAUGCUGAGAAGUCUGAAAGGACUCAUCUACCAUCCUCUAAAGUUGGACCAUGGAUAUGCCCUCCGUACGGCAGCCAAAGAUUGCUUAAGUUCCGUUGUCAGCCAGGAUGUCCAAACACUGGCAGAAAGACCCAGAACAGUUUUCUAUACCAGCGAGAAUGACCCGGCCAACCACACAGAACACCAUGAGGGUCGCCAUUAUAGCAUUCCACUUGAGGAGGUGAAAGCUGUGUUUCCACAUGGACUGCCCUAUCGGUUCCAGCAGCAGAUUAAGACCUUCAAUGAAGCCUGCCUGAUGGUGCGAAAACCAGCUCUAGAACUUUUCACUUACCUGAAAAGCUCCAACUUUGCACACCCAGCUGUCAGAUAUGUGAUCUGUAUCUUUUAUCACUUACUUGAUGGUAGAAUGCAAGUUAAAUACAAGCAGAGACUUUCCUUGACAAUCCAUGUUGGAGAUGGUGAGAAAGGAACAGGGAAAACCAUGACUCUGUGUCACGUGGUUCACUACUGCACAAGGCAAGGCUGGCUGGUGCUGCACAUCCCAGAUGCUCAUCUCUGGGUGAAAAACUGCAGGGAGCUUAUACAGUCUUCCUACAACAAAGAACGGCUUGAUCAGCCUUUGCAAGCAUCCUUCUGGCUCAAGAACUUCAAAACCUCAAAUGAGCGCUUCCUAAAAGAGAUAAAAACAGAAAAAAAAUAUGUGUGGGGCAAACGAGAAAGCACUGAGGAGGGCAGACCAUUGGGUGAAGUGGUGGAACAGGGUUUAGCUCGUGUGAGAAAUGCCAGCGAUGCUGUAGGGGUUGUGCUGAAAGAGAUAAAGCAGCAAUGUCAUCUUGGCUCAUUCCGACUUCUUGUGGCAGUGGACGGUGUCAAUGCGCUCUGGGGAAGGACUACAUUAAAGAAGGAAGACAAAAGCCCUGUUUCUCCAGAGGAGCUGACGCUCGUGUACAAUCUAAGGAAGAUGAUGAUGAAUAAUUGGAGCGGAGGUGCUAUUGUGACGACCCUCAGCCAGACCGGCUCUCUCUUCAAACCCAGUUCUGCCUAUUUGCCCCAGGAGUUGCUGGGAAAGGAGGGCUUUGAUGCCCUGGACCCUUUCGUCCCCGUCCCGGUCCCCAACUAUAGCCCGCGGGAGUUCGAGAGCUGCUACCGCUACUACCUCGAUCGCAAGUGGCUGCAGCACGAGAAAGCGCGCACGGAGGAUGGCAAGGAGGAGCUGCGGUUCCUGAGCGGCUCCAACCCGCGGCAACUGGAGCGGCUGGCGGGACCCCUCUAGCGCAAUAAAGGCCGGACCGGCGGCGGUGCCUCCUUC